UUUUACCAAAUGAAAAUUUAAGAAGAGAAAACAAUGAAUUAAAGGAUGGUGAUUCCAGGCACCUCCUCUGCCCACCCAUUCCUCUUUCCAUUAUGCAACAGUUCAGAGCUGGUACCCUGCCUUAUUUGGGUGUGUCUUCUGUUGUCCUCUUUGCUUCCGUCUUUUCUCUACUGAAAGGAUUGUGUUUGGCUUCCGGACUCUGAGGCCGAGGCCUAAGCUGGAGGAGGUGAAAUUACUUCAUGGCUGGAAAAUGCUACUGCUAGCCUCUGUAAGGGGAUGUGGAGUGGCAGUGAAGGGCGUUGAGUUUAGUCUCCAUCCUCACUCUGGCCUCCAGGAACUGAGUGUGUCUGUGGGGUCAGCUUGUUGGAAGCAAUCUGGCUUCGGCUAGGUUUCCCCAGUCAUCUUAAAGAGGCAUCUGGUAUCCAAGGGGCUCAGCUGGGGUGGGUGUGGCAAGAGCCUUGGCAGAAUGGGGACAGGGAGGGCUUAGCUAUCCUUUCUUUCUGCCUAUAGUUUCUUGGAAGUGAUACAAUCCAUUUUCUCUCCUGAGCCUGGAAUGCUAUACACCCUUGAAUCCUCAGGAGUCCUUCCAAUCUUCCAACGAUUGACUUUGCAUUAAAUCAGCAAGGUUGGAUGUCAGGUAAUAGGGAGGUGGAAUAUUUGCCUCAGGUUUGAUCCUGCACUUCUUCCUGAGAUGGCUUCUGGUGGUGUUUCCUCUGGCUCCACAUCCUUCGCACAUGAGUUAGAGACUUCAUCCCUCCAUCCCCGUGCUGGGACCUGGUCUGCCCUGUCCCUUACCCAGUCAGGCUCAUAGGAGAAGGAGGUCAGUCUCUGCAGUCAGCUGGGAAAAAUGAGGAGGGUCUGGACUAAAGCUCCAGCUCCCUUUACUCACCUUGUAAGUCAAGCAGGAAGCGGUUACUCCCUCUUAUCUGAGCUCUGUAAAUGAAGUUCCAGGCUGUGAACUCCCUUAGACAUAGCCAAAAGAUGUUUGAAUGAACCAGUCAAGCUUCCAAAUGAAUGGUGUUUUUAAUCACUGAACCACUGCAAGACUCAGUAUUAGUUUUCGUUACUCUUUUGGCCAACUUUGGUAGGAAUCCUUGAAGACCGUUGACAGUAAUGGCUGUCUUGCACUCACAGGUAAGUGAGGCAGUGAAGCCUAAUGGUUAGGAGCACAGACUCUGGACCAGAACAGCCUGGAUGGGACUCACACGAACCAGCUGUGUGAUCUUGGACAAAUCACUCCAGCACACUGUACUUUUGCUUCUUUGUCUGUAAAAUAAGGAUAAUAACAGUACUUAUCUCAUGGAGCUGUUGUGAGGGUUGAAUAAGUUAAAAUACAGAAAGCAUUUGGAACAGUGCCUGGAACAGAGUUGAUGACAUUAGGUGAGUGAAUAUCACCUGUAUUUUGUGAAAACUAAGACACCAAGAUGCUGGCACUCUCUUGGUCCUUCAGGAAGACUUUUACACGUCAGGACUGCUACCUGGCUGUGACAGCAAUAGUAAUAUGUAAUCAAUUAUGCAACCCAAUUUCAAAGAAGUUUAAAAAGUGAAAACAGUGUGGGUUUUAGAAUCCAUGAAAUAUAAAGUAUUAUUUAGUUUUUUUUACUUUACUCUUUAAGUUGAGACAUAAUUCAUAUACCUAAUAUUCACUUUUUAAAAGUGUAAAAUUCAAUGGUUUUUAGUAUAUUCACAGGGUUGUUCAACCAUCACCACUGUCUAAUUUUAGAAUAUUUUUAUCACCUCCAAAAGAAAUUCUCUACCUGUUAACAGUCUUUCCCCAUUCCCUCUUCCCAGUCCCUGGCAACCACUAAUUUACUUUUUCUCUAUACAGACUUGCCUAUUCGGGACAUUUCAUAUAAAUGGAAUCAUACAAGAUAUGGCUUUUUGCAUCUGGCUUCUUUCACUUAGCAUAACGUUUUCAAGGUUUAUCCAUGUUGUAGCAUGUACCUGUUUGUAGCCAAAUACAAUUCCAUUGUAUGGAUAUACCAUUUUUUGUUUAUUCAUCAUUUAAUGGCCAUUUUGGGUUUCCAUUUUUGGCUAUUAUGAAUAAUGCUUCUAUGAACAUUUGUAUAUAAGUUUUUUGUGUGGACAUGUAAUUCCAAUUCUCUUGGGUAGUGGUCAUAUGGUAAUCUAUGCUUAAUUUUUUUUUAAAUUUUAUUAUUAUUUAUUUUUGGCUGCGUUGGGUCUUUGUUGCUGUGCGUGGGCUUCCUCUAGUUGCGGUGAGCGGGGGCUACUCUUCGUUGUGGUGCGCGGGCUUCUCUUUGCGGUGGCUUCUCUUGUUGCAGAGUACGGGCUUCAGGCGCCGGGCUUCAGGAGUUGUGGCACAUGGGCUCUGGAGCACAGGCUCAGUAGUUGUGGCACACGGGCUUAGUUGCUCUGCAGCAUGUGGGGUCUUCCCGGACCAGGGCUCGAACCCGUGUCCCCUGCAUUGGCAGGCGGAUUCUUAACCACUGCGCCACAAGGGAAGCCCUGUGCUUAAUUGUUUAAUAAACUGCCAGACUAUUUUCCAAAGCAGCUCUACCAUUUUAUAUUCCCACCAGCAAUGUAUGAAGGUUCCAAUUGUUCCACAUCAUCACCAGCUUAUAUUAUUGCCUGUCUUUUUGAUUCUAGCCAUCCUAGUGGGUAUUAAUUGGUACCCCAUUAUGGUUUUGAUUUGCAUUUCCCCAAUGAAAAAUGAUAUUGAGCAUCUUUUUAUGUGCUUAUUGGCUUUAUGUAUAUCUUCUUUGGAAAAAUGUCUUCAAAUUCUCUGCCCACUUUUACAUUGAGUUAUUUGUUUUUUUACUGUUGAGUUGUAGGAAUUCUUAAUAUAUUUUAGAUACUAGACUGUUGUCACUUAUAAGACUUGCACAUAUUUUUGUCCCAUUUUGUGGGUGUCUUUUAUUUUCUUGAUAGUCUUUUGAAGCACAAGUUUUAAUUUGAUGAAGUCCAAUUUAUCUAUUUUUUCUUUGGUUGCUUUUGCUUUAGAUGCCAUAUCUAAGAAACCAUUGCCUAAUCCAAGGUCUUGAAGACUUAUAACUGUGUUUUUUCUAAGAGUUUUAUUGUUUUAGCUCCUAUGUUUAGGUCUUUGAUCCAUUUUGAGUUAACUUUUGUAUAUGGUGUGAGGUACAGGUUCAAAUAUACUCUCUUGCAGUUUCCCUAGCAUCAUUUGUUGAAGAUUAUCCUGUCACCCAUUGAAUUGCCAUGGCACCCUUAUCAGUUGUUCAAUGAUGCAUGGAUUUAUUUCUGGACUCUCAAUUCUAUUCUGUUGUUUUAUAUGUCUAUCCUUAUGCCAAUAUGACAGUCUUGAUUACUAAAGCUUUGUAGUAAGUUUUGAAAUCAGGAAGUGUGAGUCCUCCAACUUUGUUCUUCUUUUUAACACUGUUUUGCCUCCUCUGAGUUUCUUGCAUCUCCAUAUGAAUUUUAGGAUCAGAUGGUGAAUUUCUACAAAAAAGGCAGCUGAAAUUUAGAUAAGGAUUGCAUUGAAUUUGUAGAUCAAUGUGGGGAGUAUUUCCAUCUAAACAAUAUCAAGUCUUCCACUCUAUGAACCAUUAAUUUAGUUUUGGCAUGUACUAACCUGAACUCUAUUAGUUUUAUCUGAAAAGGGGGCUGGGUCAGACAUCCACAGUUGAUCAGAAAAACUGAGUUAAUUGCUAAAUAUUUAUUUCUUUUUGAGCUGUGGGGAUAAGGUACAGUUUUACUUUUGUCAAGGUAGAAGAAGAGAAAAGUGGAAAGACUUUGUAUAAAUUGGUAGAGCUUACCAAUAAUCAAAGAGCUAUCAUUAGGAUAAAGUUACAUUUUGCAUUAUACACUUUUCAAAGACAUGUCCCCCAAUUUAAGAAAUCUUAAUAUAACACAUAAUGAUUUAAAAAUAUCAUAACUUAUAGAACAGAAAAAAUAUGGAGUGAUGUUUUUGUGAUAUAGAGUCUUUUAAAAGUCUUUUGAAUAACAGAUAAAUUGUAAUUAAUGUGUAAAUCAACUGCUUCUUGACUUAUGAAAACUGAAGUCCAUCUCUUCCCUCCAAGACUUUGGUAUUUUUACUAACAGGGUCAACAAACCCUGGAACAAACUAUCUAAUUGCUUCUAUGUUUUGUUAUAUUGACAGACUUCGAUUCUGAUCUCUCUUAAAUGUCAAGCAAUUUGAUAUUGCAUUGUAACAACGACGUUACCAUAGAGUGUUUAAGUAAACAGCAUAUAACACUUGUUGCCAGUGGUGACGUUGAUAAUUACUGGACUAGAAUGAGAGCCGAUUGCUGUGCAGUAAUGAGCCCUGGAAUAGACUGAGCUCCCUUGGCAGUGUCAAGAGUUUGUUGUUCUUAGGAGUCAUGGUAUUGCAAUCCAUCACCUCACUGAGAACUGAUGACUUCAGACAUGGUAACCAGCCGGGAUAUUUAAGGUAGCUGCCUUGAGCCACUGGAAAACUUCAAGAAACUUUCUGUCUAAGGCAUUUACAUAAAGGGUUCCCCAAGAAAACCCAGUAGCUCUAUGAACAUAUUGUAGGGAGUUAUGUUUUACUUCCUUGUGUAAUUUCUCUGAUUCUUCCCUAUAAAUAUUGGUGACAUUUGCACAUCAGAAAUGAAUAUUUGUCUAUCUGUCAACCUAUCUACCUAUUUAUCUAUCCGUCUAUAUAUCAACAUGUUCUACAAAAUCUCUUCUUUCCUUCUUCCUGCGCUUCCUUUAUUCAUUCUUUCAUUUACUAAUGCCAUGGUUUUUUUACUAAAUAGCUACUAACUGUCAGCCACUGUUCCAGGUACUGGGAGCAAAGCAAUAAACAAAGAGGCUGGGUCCCUACUGUCUUGAAGCUUAACUUCCAGUGAGGGAAGAAAGAAAAUAAAUCAGCUUGUCUUAGAUGGUGUUCAGUGCUCUAGGACAACAAAGUAAAGUAAUGUGAUAGACUGUGGGAGGGACUACUUUAGAUAGGGGGAUCAGGGAAGGCUUCUCUGAGGAGGUGGCAUGUGAGCUGAGAUAUAGAUGAUGAAAAGGAACCAGCCUUGUGGAGGUAUGGGGGCAGAGCCUUAUAGGCAGAGGAAACAACAAGUCAAAAUAUCUGAAGCAGCUUAAAAUAAUACAGUCAAUACAAUGAAGAAAAAGGGUAGAAAUGAGGGAAGAGAGAGAGAACAGAAGAAAGUUGUAACACUGAUAUGCAAGCAGUAGAGUUUGACAAAAUUAUUAACGUUGAGCUGCAAAUUUGGUUCCUGUCUUCCUAGAAGCGAAGGCGAAAAGGGAAAAGUGAUCAAUUUCAUGGUUUUCUUUCUUUAUAAGGAAAUCAGUUUUUCAAGGAGAAAAAGAUUUUUUUCCCUGACACUCAGGAUUGAAAUACAUUAAGGCAUAGAGUGAUUGUAUGUUAGUGUGGAUCCACCCCCACAUUUCCCCCAGAUGUCCAUGUCCUAAUUCCUGGAAGCUGUGAAUGUUACUUUCUGUGCAAAAAGCACUUUGGAGAUUAAGCUAAGGACGUUGGGAUGGGGAGAUUAUUCUGGAAUUUCUGGGUGGACCCAAUCUAAUCAUUUGGGUCCUUAAAAGCUAAGAACCUUGGGCUUCCCUGGUGGCGCAGUGGUUGAGAGUCUGCCUGCCGAUGCAGGGGACACGGGUUCAUGCCCCGGUCCGGGAAGAUCCCACAUGCCGCAGAGCGGCUGGGCCCGUGAGCCAUGGCCGCUGAGCCUGCGCGUCCGGAGCCUGUGCUCCACAAUGGGAGAGGCCACGACAGUGAGAGGCCCGCGUACCGCAAAAAAAAAAAAAAAAAAAAAGCUAAGAACCUUCCUAGCUAGAAUCAGAGGGAGAUGUAACCUCAGAAGCACGGUCAGAAAGAUGCAAUAUUGCUGCCUUUGAAGAUGGAGGAAAAGGGCCAUGAACCCAAGGGAUGUAGGUAACCUCUAGAAACUGGAAAAGGCAAGGAACCAGAUUCUCCUCUACUGACACUGAUUUUAGUCCAGUGAGUCCUGUGUCAGACUUCUGACUUAUAGAACUGCCAGAUAAUACACUUACAUUGUUUAAUCACCAAGUUUGUGGUAAUUUGUUACAAAAGCCAUAUAAAACCAAUAUAAUUAGAUUCAUCUUGGUUGCAAUAACAGAAACAACCAUUUGAACCAGCAUAAGCAAAAGAGUGCAUCUUAUUUUAAAGAUUUGGAAUAUUACAUGGAAUUCAAAGGCAGGAAUGCAGCUCAUUUCAAGAAAUAAAAUGAUCAGGGAUGGAAAGCUGUCACAACACUUUUGGUCUCUUCUCUCCUCUUUGUGAAUCUCUUUCAUCCUUCCUGUUCUUUUCGCAUUUUUCCUGCAACUUGGUUUUCUGCAUUUCUCCAGGCCACAUGAUGGGAAGGCAUGUCUGUGGAUAGCUUCUGACUUUCAAUAUUACAGCAUUCUAUGUUUCUAUGUUAGCUACCUAGAUUUAGAAAAACUAAAAUCUCUCAGUCCUAAUUCCAAAUUCCUGGGAGAAAGAUGUGAUUGCGUUGGCUCUGGUACUGCUAUUGGAGCAAUAGACUGUGGACAGGUGGCCUAGUUUGUCUGAGGAUUAGGGCUAGUUUCCAGAAAAAGAUAUCUGGCUAUACUGCUGAUUUUAUAUUUUUAUUUUAAUUUUUUAGAUUUUUUUUUUGAUGUGGACCAUUUUUAAAAUCUUUAUUGACUUUGUUACAAUAUUGCUUCUGUUUUAUGUUUUGGUCUUUUUGGCCGCGAGGCAUGUGGGAUCUUACCUCCCCGACCAGGGAGCAAACCCGCACCCCCUACACUGGAAGGUGAAGUCUUAACCACUGGAUCUCCAGGGAAGUCCCUAUACUGCUGAUUUUAAAAUGCAACUUGCAACUCAUCUAGGGGUCAAUAAAUCAUUUAACGGGUGGAAGCCAGCAUUAAAAAGCAAUAAAAUGCAUGUGGAAUGGGUAAUAUUUUAUAAGACUUGUUUUAGUUAUUAAAUGUGUAGGUACCUGUGUACUGGGUGAUAAUGUAAAACAUAUUUCUUUUGGUGGAUUAUCGUCCAAAAAACUUGAAAAACCCUGGGCUGGGCAAUAUGGUAGGAUUCUGCUACUGGGAUGUAAAAAACAUCAUUCUUAAAAUAAUCCCUCCAGUAAAUUCAGAGGUGUCAUGCGUAUCUUUUUUUAAUAGCAUCUCAAUAUAAGCAGAUGGCAUAAGGGUAAAGCAUGACUUGGUAGAGACAAUUUUGUAAGGGUGAAAAAAAGUGGUACAAACAGCUUUUUGAUGGUCUGGCUUAAUUCAGGAUAAAACAUAGCCCAGUGGUUCCCAAUCUAGCUUUGUAUCAAGCUCAUAUGAAGAUCUUUUAAAAAUGGUUUCAUGAGAUUUACUUAAUCAGAAUUUCUGGAAGCGUGUCCUGUGAAUCUGUAUUUAAACACAAAGCAAAACAAAUAGAACUCCCCGGAUGUCUCUGAUAUGUAGCAGGUUUGGAACUCACUUGACCCAGAGACUAUGUAGAGGAGGGGGUCAUCUGCAUGCCUUUCAAACAAUUCUCCGGAACUGUAGUUUCUCUCCACCAGGCUUUUCACAGGCAUGAGAAAGUGGACAGUUCAAAGUUAUUUCUUGGUAAGGCUGUGGAGUGUAAGACUACCUAGCUGCUGACUAAAGGCAGAUCCACACACUUCACAGCUCAGUGAAGCAGAUGGUAGAGUUUAUCUUCUUUUGUCGGACAUUGUGGCACUAACACUCAUGUUUGGAUAGAGGCAGGGUUGGGGGAGAGAGACAGAAAAUUCUUGCAGGCUAUUCCAGACCCUUGUUAGACAACAGUUCUGUACUUCUUCAAAACAAAGUCUGGCCAAUACCCCAAAGUUCUAGAGUACAGGACAUGGUGGGGAUUAUUUUUGUGAUCGGAAAAUUUGCAAAACUGAAGUUACCGGUUGCUUACCACGGCCAUUAUGAGUUUUCAGAUGAAGCUGACAGGAGGAACCCGUUGCCAAAGGUGGACUUCUACCUCUAAGCAAUAAAAUGAAUCGACCUGCUGUACCAAGUUCUUGGCUAUUAAUCAAAUAAAUUUUAGAGGACAUCUGCCUGAAUAAUUAGGCUAGUAUCUGGAGAGUUGAGCCCACCUCUCGUCCCCCCACCCCCGCGGCAGCUGCUAGAGAGCAAGACCCGUGUCCACAGAAGCCAUUCCUAGUUCAGGUCAGAAAUACAUUAGCAUACAGCUGGAGCCCGCAUUUCUAGCCUCUAUUGCAGGGGGGCACGCAUUCAGAUGGUUCCACGGAGAUUUGUGGCUAAAACAUAUUCCUGGUAAUUGUCAUUUGAUCUCUCAAGAGCCUUCUCAGCGCCUCCGUGGGGACAAACACCCUGCACUCCGGGGGGCUUCCCCCCAGCACUGAUACUCAUUUCCCUUACUUUUAGGCCAGCUCGGAACCCAAUGCAGUGCGAGGCUUACAGCCCCAGCUCCAACCAGCUGGACCACGAGGCCUCGGGCCUGAGCGAGAAUACUAGCCUGGACAUCACCUCAGUAGUGUGAUAUGACUGUUAUAAAGUGUAACAGGUCUGCUUCUCUGUCCCCGAGACAGGCUUCUCAGGUCCAUCGCUAAGAGGAGCUGCUCGCGGGAACGCCUCCGAACGCACCUGGGAGAACCCUCCUCGCCAGCCCCGCCGCAGGGAGAAGGGCUUCGCGCCAAGCCGACGCGCUUUGUCCCAACGCGGCCCCCGUCCACCUCCCUAAGGCUGCCCCGCCGGCCGAAAAGUUUCUCCACGUGCGGAAUUCCGGACUUGGCGACCACCAGCGCGGAGUGUGCGCGCCAGUUGGGAGCCAGCCCGCCCGACGGCCUGGGCGGAAUUCGAGUCUUCUCACAACUAGGGCACCUACCAGGCACCAGUGGGGGACCACAGACACCUAAGGGGACGGGAGGAACCCCCAGUGACCACGGCAAUGGAUAUGUCAGAAACUGAAGCAAGAAAGUACUCGUCAGAGGGCGGAGUCAAGAUGGCAUAUUAGGAGGAUGCGGAAUUCGCGUCUCCUCACAACUAGGGCACCUACCAGGCACUGGUGGGGUACCACGGACACCUAAGGGGACAGGAGGAAACCCCAGUGACCGGCUCUCAUGUGUGACUGUAACUCUAGUGCAUCGUUAACCUAAGGACCUCACCACUUGGAAGUUACAGUUUUCGUCAUCAGCUUACCUUAUCCUUUUGGUCUGGUUGUUUUCCUCAAACACUGGAAACAUCUUUCUUUCAAGUUGCUUUUGUUGAAGAGUUAGGCAAAUGGCUGAUAGCAGCUGUGGUAAAAAAUCCACAAAAUGCCCCAACUGUUCAUCUGCUUCUCAGAGAAAUGUGCUUUGUUUAUGUUCUUGUAAAACAAAGCUUUCUCCAAUGUCAGUGGUGGAAAUGUCACAGACAUCGAGCACUGGUAGUUCAGAAUUUACAGUUUCACCAGAGAGAAAAAAAGAAAGACAAGCCAGCAAAGAUAGUACCUCUGGAAAAGAUUUGCCCUCAGAAACCUCAAGUGUAGAGAGAAAAUCGUCUCAACAACAGUGGGGUCGAGGCAACUUUACAGAAGGAAAAGUUCCUCACAUAAGGAUGGACACUGGAGCUGCUAUUCAGGAAAUCUAUACCUUUGGAAGAAUACUGGGAAAAGGGAGCUUUGGAAUGGUCAUUGAAGCUAUUGACAAGGAGACAGAAACUAAGUGGGCAAUUAAAAGAGUGAGCAAAGAAAAGGCUGGAAGCUCUGCUGUGAAGUUGCUUGAACGGGAAGUGACCAUCCUAAAAAGUGUGAAACACAAACACAUUAUACAUCUAGAACAAGUAUUUGAGACGCCUAAGAAAAUGUACCUUGUGAUGGAGCUUUGUGAGGAUGGAGAACUCAGAGGAAUUCUGAAUAGGAAAGGUCAUUUCUCAGAGAAUGAGACCAGGUGGAUCAUUCGAAGUCUCGCCUCAGCUAUAGCCUAUCUUCACAAUAAGGAUAUAGUACAUAGAGAUCUAAAACUGGAAAACAUAAUGGUUAAAAGCAGCUUUAUUGAUGCUAAUGAUGAAAUGAACUUAAACAUAAAGGUGACUGAUUUUGGUUUAGCGGUGAAGAAGCAAGGAAGGAGUGAAGCCAUGUUGCAGACCACAUGUGGGACACCUAUCUAUAUGGCCCCUGAAGUUAUCAAUGCCCACGACUAUAGCCAGCAGUGUGACAUUUGGAGCAUAGGUGUCAUAAUGUACAUUUUAUUAUGUGGAGAAGCACCCUUUAUGGCAAGCUCAGAAGAGAAGCUUUUUGAGUUAAUAAGAAAGGGAGAACUACAUUUUAAAGGUUCAGUCUGGGAUUCCAUAAGUGAUUCUGCUAAAAGUGUUUUGAAACAACUUAUGAAAGUAGAUCCUGCUCAUAGAAUCACAGCUAAGGAACUACUAGAUAACCAGUGGUUAACGGGCAAUAUACUUUCUUCGGCGAGACCAACCAAUGUGCUAGAAAUGAUGAAAGAAUGGAAAAAUAACCCAGGAAGUGAUGAGGAAAGUACAACAGAUCAAAAGAACAACUGGUCUGGUCAAGAAAAGCUGAAAGGUUACCAACCCAGCAGAAGUAUCCAUGUCAGGAACUCUUCAGAUGAAGAGGAAGGAAAACAGCCCACUGCUUAUGAAAAGACUUCUGUGCCCAGUAAGAAGGAAAACAUGGAUGACUCGGACAUGAGUUACUCAAGUUACAUAUCUAGCAGACUCCCUUCAGUUGAACUCAAGGGAGAAAUAGAGAAACCCCCCACGACUUCAGGGCAAGGAACAGCACCCAGAGGCACUGCUAAAUCCAUUGCCCUGCCUAGAACCAAAAAGAAACUCAAACAACGCUGAACAGUACAGAAACAGAGCUGCUCUUUCUAGUGCAAUGAGGGUUUAGGAGGGGAAAAGGACAAUAGUAUGCCGAGCUUUCAGCGUUUCAGCCGCCCUGAGCCCUGCCAAGUGUUUGCACCAGUUUUAAAAUUGAAGCAGUCAACUCCAAAGUGGGGUUAAAGGACAGCCAGCAACAGGCCUGAUGGCUUGUGCAGCUGAAAUCAACUCAAGGUGUUUUCGAGAGUUGUUCAGAGGAGUGGAUGCCCUCAAAGCAAGGCUGUGGGCACACUUGUCCAGUUGUACUUCAGAUUCUUACAUUUAGGCACAAUUAUUUGUAGGGGAAACUGAGAGCCAGAACCUCAGUGGAGGUUCCAAAUGAUUAUGUGCACUUUGCACUAGAAGAUUUGUUAGGAAAUUACUAAUAAACUUGUCUAUAAGCGUAACAGC